AUGCAGCUCCUGGCAUCCCUCACCCUCUGCCUCUGCACAGGGUUCAGCACUGCUGUCAUCCCAGCGGAGGAGGAGAAUCCAUCCUUCUGGAACAAGCAAGCAGCUGCAGCCAUAGAAGCCUCCCUCAAAAUCCAGCCCAAGAUACGCCAAGCCAAAAACCUCAUCCUUUUCCUUGGGGAUGGAUUUGGGAUCCCCACCAUCACAGCCACCCGCAUCCUAAAGGGGCAGCAGCAGGGGAAGCUGGGCCCUGAGACCCCUCUUGCCCUGGACACUUUCCCCUAUGUGGCACUCUCUAAGACCUACAAUGUGGACAGGCAGGUCCCUGACAGCGCAGGGACAGCCACAGCCUAUCUCUGUGGGGUGAAGGGCAACUACCAGACCGUGGGGCUGAGUGCAGCCGCCCGCCACUCACAGUGCAGCACCACGGCCGGCAACGAGGUGAUCUCAGUGCUGGAGCGAGCCCGCAAAGCUGGGAAGGCAGUGGGCAUCGUGACCUCGACGCGGGUGCAGCACGCGUCGCCCUCGGGGACCUACGCGCACGUGGUGAACCGGGAAUGGUACGCGGAUGCCAGCAUGCCCCAGGACGCGCGGCUGCAGGGCUGCAAGGACAUCGCCUGGCAGCUGGUCCACAACGUUGACAUACACGUGAUCCUGGGUGGUGGUCGGAAAUAUAUGACCCCUAUGGGGACACCAGACCCCGAGUACCCCACCAACAGCAAGCAGAAUGGGAUACGUGAGGAUGGCAAAAACCUCAUUGACAUGUGGCUGGAGGCACGGCCGGGUGCCCACUAUGUCUGGAACAGGACAGAGAUGCUGGCUGCUGCUGCCAACCCCAGCGUGAAUUAUUUGAUGGGUCUCUUUGAACCUGGGGACAUGAAGUACAGCCUGGUGCGUAACACCACCCUGGACCCGUCACUCACGGAGAUGAUGGAGGCAGCCAUCACCAUCCUGAGCAGGAACCCCAACGGCUUCUACCUCUUUGUGGAAGGUGGCAGAAUUGACCACGGCCACCACGAUGGUGCAGCCCAUAAGGCACUGACGGAGGCAGUGGAGUUUGACCAGGCCAUCGAGCGGGCGGGCGCCCUGACAGACGAGGCUGAGACCCUCACUGUUGUCACCGCUGACCACUCACACGUCUUCUCCUUCGGUGGCUACACCCUGCGUGGCUCCUCCAUCUUCGGUCUGGCCCCCAAGACAGCCCUUGAUGGGAAGAACUACACAUCCAUCCUCUAUGGGAAUGGGCCAGGAUACCCAGGCCCUAACAGACCCAACGUGGACCCGGACACAGCCAUGGGCUUCGAGUACCUGCCGCAGGCAGCUGUGCCCCUCAGCUCAGAGACCCAUGGUGGUGAGGAUGUGGCCAUCCUGGCCAAGGGCCCCAUGGCCCACCUCUUCCACGGGGUGCAGGAACAGACCUACGUAGCCCAUGUCAUGGCCUAUGCUGCCUGCAUCGAGCCCUACACCGACUGCCGCCAACGGGACUCUGCUCUCAGCAUCCGUGCCACCCCCCUGGCCCUGCUCCUCCCUGCACUCCUUCUGCCCCUCUUCCACUGA